AAAACUUCAAGAAGGGCCUUAUUUCCUCAUUUUCGCUUCUCACCUUGUUCGUCUUCUUCCUCUUCUUCAUCCGUUGUCUUCUUUCUCUGUGUGUGUGCUCAUUCCCCUCAUUUUUUGUACCACUCUUUUUUCGUCUCAGACUUCCUGUCGCAACCUUCGCUUCUUGAUAUAUCAAGACAGAGCAGGAACUCGUCAAUUGUUUAUACGUACGACAUUACAUCUAGACAUACAUAUCCUGCCGAUCAUAUUCGCGCUCCAGCACAUCCCUUUCCCGGUCGAUAGGGCACAGAGACGAAUUUUCACGAAUAUACGAUAAUACCCGUUCUCAAUCGCAAACCAAGAGGGAACAAGAAGUUACUGAGAAGGGAACCUGAAGAAGGAACAAGCACAGAUACCCAAAAUGAAGGUUACGACAGCAGUUUUGGCCGCUCUGAGCAUGGCCCCGUUCGCUCUCGGAAAGGUUGCUCACAACGUUUACCCCGGCGUCCGCCGCGGAGACAUUGCUCUCGAGGUUCGUGACAAGGGCAAUGACAACCAAAACAACAACGCCAACGCCAAUGGCAGCAAGGACAACAAGGAUAACAAGGACAAGAACAACGGGAAAGACUCCAAGAAAGCAACAGAGCAAGAAAUUGCCGAACUUGCCAAGCUCAUCGGUCUCACCGCAGGCCUCAACGCUCAGCUCAACCUCCUCUGGGUCAACCUAGGUGGCGGAUCCGUUACCACCAUUAUCAACUCGGAAAAGACCGUCACCGUGACCGCCACCCAAGCCGCGACGGUAGUCAACGGUGCCGCCGGUGGCGCCGACGCGACGGCGAUAGCCAGCACCGCUCCUGCGUCUGACGUGCCCUCCGCCGCUCCGGCGACUCCCACCCAGCCCGCCGGCGUCGCUGCCCCAGCAGGAGGAGCCGCCACGCACACCGUCACCGUCGGCGGACCGCAAGGUCUGGCCUUUAGCCCGGCGCAGACGAAGGCGGCCGUGGGCGAUACCGUCAUCUUCACCUUCCUCAGCCAGAACCACACCGUAACGCAGUCGGCCUUUGAUAAACCCUGCGUGGCGCUCCCUGGAGGCAUGGACUCGGGUUUCCAGGCUAAUCUCAACAACACCGUCAACCCUCCGCCGCAGGUCGCUAUGCAGGUCAUGGUUGAUACGCCUCUUUGGUUCUACUGCCGCCAAGCAAACCACUGCGGCAAGGGCAUGGUCUUUUCCAUCAACCCUACUGCCCAAAAGACCCAUGCUCAAUUCCAAGCCCAGGCCAUUGCGCAGAACGGCACUGGCACGGACAGUGGCAUCACCGGCGGUAAUGCUUCCGCUGCUCCUCCCGCAGCUCCUUCCGCAACCGUUGGCGGUGAUACCACUGCAACAGCCGUGGCUGGUGGUGCGGCCCAAGCAACUGGAAACAUUGUGACUGGUGUUGGCCAGGUUGCCGCGGACGGCUCGUGCGUAUGCGCCGUCUCUUGCGCUGCCGGUUCCUUCCCCAAUGUUGCGGCCCAGGGUGUAAACGCCUUUGGUGGCGUAGGUGGUUCGAUUCCUAGAGCCAUGGCUCUGGGUGCUCCUCCUGCUGCCUAAGCACACACACCUUAGCUGUGAGCAUCUGAUGCUUGGAUCGUCUGAAAGAAAGUCAGCGAUAGAGAAGGGAAUGCCAUGUUUUAUUUCUGUAGCAUCAAAGAUGCUACUUGUAUACUUUAGCUUUUUUUGACCGUGCUAGUCAUGUCAGUAACUUGAAGCACGCCUUUCUGGCUGGGACAGUGUUUGCGAGUUGAUCGCAUGAAGGGGUAAGGGACAGGAUUACGGUUGGAUACCUAUAACUUGGUCAGGAAUAGCUGUCGCUUGAAGCGUUACGCACAUUAAUAAUCUUCUUCACUGC